AGUUUUGGGCUGGUCUCUCUUCACAACAUCAUCAGGGCGUUUCAGACACGCACAGUCAGGCACAGCAGCGGUCCGCCUUAACUAGGAAUUGGUCCUCCCUGAAUGGGGCAACAGUUCCUUUCCAUACAGGUUAGUAAAUUCCCUGUAAUUUCUUUAAAAAAUAUCGGCUAAGUGGCUUCGUUUAGAUUGCUGAAAUGCUCUGUAUUUAGCAUUAAUGCUAGCGUAUUCUCUGUUAGCUAGCCUGCUGUCGCAGACAGACAGUUGGCCGUUAAUGACUGACUAGUCCAGCAGGUGCAGCGGACACUAGCUCCAGCUUCUCACUAAACAUACUCUACAGUAAAACAGCGAACUAUUGCAUAUGGAUUUGGAUUCAUGCCGACAGCCUUAUACGCUUGAGAUAAUUCCCAGUUAGAUGUUGUCAUUCCUGUUUGUCCAUGCAAUCCACUCAAGGGCCGGGGUCCGUCCUCUGUAAGCUGUCCCCUGCAUCUGAUCUGUUUAGCAAUUUGCUUGAGGGAAGCUUCAAUGGAUUACCAUAAACAUGCACACUCUUGAAGGUCUGGUCUGGCUUCAAGUAACAUUUUUUGCUCCACAACUGCCAUACAUACCAGAGCAUGACCUGAGGUUUACACAUGAAUUUUUCUAGCUGUGCCCGUUUAAGAGGCUGAAAGGCUUUUUCAGUCUGACUCUUCAAGGUUUAAAAAGGCUGGAUCAAUGAGAAAAUACCAGGCAGAGAAGGCUUUUUUGUUGUUGUCUAGUAACACUUGAAGCUAUUCACUUUCAUGACAUUUUAUAUUACUGGACAAACAUUGACAUGUAACUUACUUGAUACUGAGUUUGAGUCACCCUUUUCUUUUCUUUUUAAAACACUUUAUUUGUAAUUUUCAGUUAACAUAUAGAGCAAUUGUAUUCUCUGUAUUACAAAUAACUACAACAAACAGUCCCAACAAUAGACAAAACAAAACACAUAUAAAAAAAAACAGCAAAUGCACUUGAUACUUCUUAUUACGGAUUUUGUUCAAGGGUAUCAACCAAUCAGUCUUUAUUUAUAUAGCACUUUACAUACACAACAUGUAGCCCAAAGUGUUUACACAGGAAAAGGAAUAAAAGAAACAAAGAAUACCCAAAUCUACCCCAGCCCAACCCCUCAUUCCCACCCCGAUCUAAUUGCAACAGAAACAGUUUUAAAAUGCAUAAACUUAAAAAGGGCUUGAAUUCGUAGAAACAGGAAUGGGGAAUGUGCGCACUGAGGAAACGUCAUUUUAAAACUCAAGAUAAGGAAACACUGGAGGUUUAGGUUAAAAUCUAAAAACAAAGAAACAGAAUGAAAUUUAAGAAAUAAUAAAUAAAAUGAAAUAAAAACAACAGUAAAAGAUACUAAAAUAAGAGCACCAAAAUAGCUCAAUAAAAGACGAUCCUGUGACUAAAACAAGAAUAGAUAAAUGCUAAAACACUUAAAGUUAGUAAUAUAAAAUCAGUUAAAAGCAAGACUUAAAAGGUUUGUUUUCAGUGUACUUCUAAAAUCAUUAAGAUUAGGUGCAGUCCUCAGGUGUGCAGGUAAGCUGUUCCAUAGAAGGGGGCCGUAGUAAUAAAAAGAUGCCUCACCGUAUGUCUUGGUUUUAACUUUAAGUUAUGUUAACAGAGAACUUCCUGAAGACCUGAGGGCUCGACCUGGCUCCUAAGGUAAAAGAAGAUCAGAUAGAUAAGAAGGGCCAAAGCUAUUAAGAGCUUUAAAAACCAAUAAAGCAACCUUAAAAUCUAGGUAGAUGUAAUGAUUCAAAGUUCCAGUUCCAGACCAGGUCAAUUGUUCACAUAAGUUAUUAGAGAGUCCCAGGUUUUGUUGAAUCUGUCGAUGGAUCCAUUGUGAGUCACUUUUCUUUGUAUUUCUAAACGUAUCAUAUGUUACUUUUUUACUGUUUAUGACCAUGUUACUGUCAUAUAUGAGGCAUAUUCAAAAUUUUCCUCUCAAAAUGAGUCCUUUUCUUUCCUCUAGUCUCAAGCUUUACAGUUUUUCAGGCUACUGUUGUGGAUUGAUUGCUUUAUCAGCUGCAGCAAUAUGACUCAUGUUAUUUCAAUAUGAAGACUGUUGCUGGGGCAGGGUGCUCUUGCUGGUUGGUGUUUAAUUCAUGUUUUCAAAAUAAGUUUAGGCCGGUGGAUGUUUUGAGAUAUGCAGGAAUACUGUCAGGAAUUGUUUUUUUUUUUUUUAAACCCUGUCUUCAGAUUACCAAGUCUGCAGGUCCUUUGUGUCUUGAAAUUUAAGAUCUGUGGCAUGAAGGGCAGCCUCUACUGUUUGGCAUAAAAUCAGUUAAGAGCGUCUGUAUAUCUUUUGAUAGUUGUGCCGAGUCAAUAUGAGCCAUCCAUUUACAGAUAGUUAUGCCACAUGAAGGGAAAAACAGAUUUAGAAAAGAGUUAGUGAACUGUUGUCUGCUUUUGUCGAAUUUUAAAGGAUAGACUAGAACCUGAAGUUUCAUCGGAAGGACUGACACAUAGAUGAAAAGGUUGAUCAUCCUUUCUUUCUUCAUCAUUGCCUUUUUUUCCCCCCUUUUUUCAGAUGAGAUGAAAUGUUGAUCUGGUGAAAAUGAACAAACCCAAAAUGGCUACGGAGAAGGGGUGAGUUUCUAAUUAAAGACAAAAAAAAUGCAAUUUCAAAUCCAUACACAGACACACAUACAGGCUGCGAUAUGUGUGCAUGUGAUUAUGAGUAAAAGCUUUUUUCUUCUUUCACAAAUACUAUCUUUUCCUUCUGAAAAGGCAGCAUGUAUCUCUGAUAUCUCUGGUAUUGAUCUCUGAAAUGCUUUUCUACCUUUCAGCUGUCUCUACACCAUUAGCCUCACUUGUCAAACUGUGGGUGUCUGAAAGGUGGCACCACGUUAGAUAUUUGGUUGUCCUAGCAUGAACCUUUUGCAUGUGGUUGUAAUGAUGACUCUAAAAUAACCACAUCAUCCUCAUCAUCAUCGGAGGAGGGGAAACAGGACAGGAAAAUUCUGUUCUAUUUAAGUCCUUAUCAGGAAUGUAUAUUUAUUAUUUCAUCCCUGCAAACUAAUCUGUAUUCAUCUAUGAGACUUAUGCAGUCUAUUUAUCAAAGCUUUAUUUCCUCCUCAGUGUUUUCCUGUGUCCAUACUUGCAAUACACUAAAGCUCUUUUUCCCUUUUUUUUGUCUGAAGCACACACGCACACAUUCUCUCUCUGUCUUUCCCUACAUCUUUGCUCUCUGUGUCUUUAUAAGGACAUAUCAGAAACCCCGCUCUACUGGGUACAAUCACAGACUUUUGAUUCUUCCCUCCCAUGCCUGCAGUUGCUGUACCAACAACUGACCUCUGACCUUGUGUUUCCAGUUGAGCUGUGCCGGGCUAAGGUUAAAAUUGGGGGAUGGGUCGCCAUCUCAGAAAUAGUGCAGCUCUAAGAGGCAGAACCAUUAAUCAAGUUUAGAGACAAUGAAUUAAAUAGAAAUGAAAGAGAAUGUUUUCCAAUAGAUUUAGUGGAGCUACACUGACCUGAGUAUGUGCAUCCUUUAAUUGCAUUUUCAUUGUUAUCACAAUGGGAGCAUUUGCUGGAAACGCAACUCUUCAUUCUGAAUUUAGCAUGAAGUAGGAAAAAUAAGUUUCAUCAAACAAGCAUUAGCUCCUCACUCAGCAUGGAAACAUUUGACCUGUUGAAUCCAGGCCAGUGUGUAUAUGGGCAUGCUCUUAAACCAUCAAGAACAGCAGACAGACUAAGAUACUGGAAGUUUAGCUUGUAGUAUGCACUCUUAAUUACAGUUUAUAAGGUAUGUUACACUUUAUAUUGUCACUGAUAUAUAUAUAUAUAUAUAUAGAACUAUCAAAUCACUCUUGAGAUAUUUUUUUGUUUUGUGCAAGCCUGAUGUGCACAUACAAUUACCCGGUGCUUGUUCGGUUCAAUUCACCAAGGCAUCUCAAAUAAACUGAGUAACAUGAAAAAGGUCUUUUUCUUUCAUAACCCAAAAAUAUUCUUUUAAACUUUGGAAUUAAACAUUCUAGUGAUUUGAGGUCAAUUUUUUUAGCUGUAGACCAUAAUUAUCCAAAUUUGAUCAGGAAAAAUGCUGGAAACAUGAAAGUUAACAGUGAAUGAGUCGGUCCACAAGAUAUAAAAUUUGACUUUCCUAGGUAACUGAUGGAUAAUAUCAAAAUUUUCUACCAUCCUCUAUUUUUGGAGAUGCGCAGGAAUGUUGCCAGACAGCACUUUACUAUUAUACGAAAAUGAUAUUUUACUUGGUUGUGAGUUUAAUCUUGGGUUAAAUAUAGAUGAGUCAUUGUGGGCAUUUGUCAGCAUGAGAGUGGAUACGCUGAGUUGUCCUCUUGUCCUGCUUUACACAGCCUCCGUUUGACACACUUGUGUGAGAGAACUGAUCAGUCUUUCUCUUGUAAUCUAAAAAAAAAAAACACACGGAGUAGGAAACCUGGAUGUACUCCAACCUACAGUGCUUGCAAACAGAAUUUGUAAACACAGAAUUAUGACUCAUGAUACUGUGUGUGGUGUUUAUACCAGCCUUUUCUCUUUACAGAUGGGCGCCAGUGUUCUUGAACUCUUUAAUAUGUUUUCUGUAAAGCCCUACAAAACAAUCGGAUUAAACAGGUACUUCCUAACGAUAAAAAUGUGUGUGUUUCCAGUGUUCCCAGUAACUCCAGGGUACUGAUGCUCCUAGGCCAACUGGAGAGGAUGAAUGGAGAGGCCAUGGGGAGGGACAUUGACACAGCAAGACAGGUCACAGCAAAGAUACUUCAUCUCAUACAGACUCAAGGUGAGAGCACAUACAUAUCUGCACAUCAGAACUUUGCAGGGUCAGGUUGGCAGAUGUAAACAUAAUGUGGAUGAUAUUUCACUGAUACACAAGCACACAGAGUGACUCUAGGUACCAUGCCCCCCUGUUGACUAUACGGGACAUCAGCUACUGGCUAUAGGCUAUUUUGUGGACUUAAACAUGGUAUUCAACUAGAGGUCCACUGCCCAGAUACAGCCAUCUAUACCCCCAUAAUGUCUACAUCUCAAUUAAUAAGUGCAAUCUACACUUGCAUCUGCAUGGCUAGUCUGUUUACACUAAUGAAUUAACCUCCACAGACUAACUCAGUGAGACUGAUAGAUAAGGUAUUUACAACUUGGCACAACGAAGGAGAUCCUCAUUAUUCAAUGCGGUCGGUUGGCUUUGUUUUCCAAACCUGUUCUUCAAUAUCCACAAUGCACCUUUUUCAGCCACAGCUCACUCAAAGGGGUAUAAUGUAUCCUUGAGCUGAUAGCCUCAAACACAGAGGAGGAGGAGGAGGGGGCUACAGAAGUUUGUACAGCCUGAUUCUUUCCAACUCCACACCCCAGUUUUAUUUGUUUUAAAACUUGAAAUCCUCUUACCCAGCUGAGGCUGACUAAAGAGGCAUCCCUUGAGGCUAUUUCUUAAAUUGAAACAUCUUUCACAGCUUAUGGUGUUAUGCUAUCUUAACCAACCGUGAACUGGGCUGUAUGAAUAAUUCCUCAUGUAAAAAUAUCACGUCAGGUAGGUUGAUUUAUUAAAAAUGUGUUGGGAACAGGUGCUAUGUAAACAGAGAUGGGCUCGUCCGAGUGUGGAUGGAUUGAUACAGUGUCUCCUGCUGUAGUUAUCUGAUUCCUGUUUUGAAAGGAGAGCAGAGAGGAAGAUCUGACAGCAGAAGAAGGAGGCUUUGUGUUGAGCAUCGGUGUUGAACAGUCACUGAAAUAUGAGUGUGUCUCAGGGUCUUAGCAGGGUGUCUUCCUGCCACUCUGCACAGAGGGAAUAUAAGGAAAUCUUGCUCUGAUGCUUUGGCAUUUAGUUUAUUAAAAAGAGAAAUAAAGAAUAAUACCUUAAAAACUUCAGAUUCUGAAUAAGAGGAAAACAAACUUUUUCUGGAUAAAACUUUUCAAACAUGAGAACAAGCUUUUUUUAAGGAAUGAUACACACAUUUUUGUAAACUGGAAACAAGACUUUUAUGGGCUCUCGAAAAUUGCGAUGGUAUUUUUUAUUAACUCAUGGACAUUUUGUGGACUCGACAAUUGUUCCUGUUUUUUUUUUAAAUUAUGUAAGAUAAUUAAUUUAGUCCAUAAAAUACUGAUAUUACUUGUAACCAUAGCUCACCAGUAUCUAUUUUGAAGGGAGAUGAGUGGCAUUCAACACUGCAGGCUAGUGACGCAGCCCUGUCAGAAAUCUUGAACUAUUACCUUUUCCAGGUGCAGAUGCCAACCUUCCAACUUCAGAUUCUUAUUUUUAGAUUUUGCCUUAACUUUGCCAGUAAUUUUAGGUCAGUGCACUUUUCACAGUUGUUUUUAAAUGGCCUGUGCUCACCUAAGUUUACCCUGAUAGGUUUCAGUGUGAAGAGUACACAAUCCUGCAAAUCAUCAUCUUGUACUUUGAGCCCGCUGGCAUGCUUUGGAUUUGCUUUAAAGAUUUCCUCCUCCCUCCGUCCACAAUUUGUUGCAUCCUCCCACUUCAAAAGACACUUGUAAAGCCCGUUAAUCCCCGGAGACUGAUGGGCACAGUGGAAACGAUUCUGUCUGUGACCCUUUCCAUCAUGAUAUGUAUGUCAGCUGUUCUCCCUCACACCCUGCCUGGAGCUACAACUUGAAAUGUCCAUGUGUGACGUUAGUUAGGGGGUCUGUGACCCUGAUCACAGUAACUAUACACCUCAGGACGGACUUUUCUGUACCCUUGUCUCAUGUUCAGCCGUAUGAGUUUAGGUGGCAGUCAGAAAAUACCAAGAGAAAGAAGAAGGAUGGUAUGAAGAAAGGAGAGCCGAGGGCUGCAAGGAGUGUGGAAGUAGAGUCACAUCUUAAUUAUAAAAAGAAAAAGAAAAGAAAACACUCUGGUAACCAUUUUUUAGCUCCUGUCAUCAUUUGAUAUCAUAGAGGCUCUCCUUUUGCCCACAGAGUAGAGAAAGGGAUAAGGAGUAGGGGGGUGGGUGCUGGGAAACAGAGGACCCCUGUAGGGAAAGCUAUCCUGUGCAGUUGUCAGUUUUCUGUUGGAGCAGUUGAUGAUUUAGUCCCUGGUAGCGUGCGAGAGGAGGUGCUGAUUACUGUGUAUACUGUGUCCUGCCCCUGAGCCCAGUGUUGGUACACAGUGGGAGAGUUCGGGGAUUGGCCAGUUGAGCAGUUUAUUCUAGGGCAGCAGAGUUUCCGUCAUGAUUCAUAGACACUGUCAUUCCCCUUGAGCUUUUGUCAGACUCCAGAGGCAUCAAAACAGGGCUUCUGAAAAAUUUUAGUUUUUUUUUUUUCAAUCAAACUCCAAAGAAGUUUUGCUCUUUUGUAAUGAAAUGGAUUACCGCUACACCCGGAGAUACUGUCCACCUGAGGUGUCCCCUGACCCACCAGGUAGGGUUCAUGAUGGUGAAAAUAUUUGAGGUACCCUGAUCAGUUAAGGUGAGUUAUAUUCAGUGGCAGUUAAAGAAGAACAAAUAUUGAAAAAGUCUGACUGGAAAUAUUUGACUCAGGUCAUGAGAUCAGGUAAACUACAAUUUAAACUUUACAGUCUGGGUUAAUUAUUGGUAGCUGUCAGCCCUGAAAUGACCAGAACUGUUACAAAAAUGAUGAGUAUCGAGAAAAAUAAAGGAUGAUAUAUGAAGCAUUUCACAUAAUCAGUCUGUCCUUAAGUAAAAAAGAAAAUGUCAAUUGAUACAAGUCAGUUAACAAAUUUAGGAGGCUAUUGUAUCUUGCAUAUAAAUGUCAAAAAGAAUACAAUGAUGGUUGGACCCACAAUAAUUUGUCAUAUUACCAUGUUUGCAAUUUCAUGAAUCAAUGGCUGUGAUGAUAUAAUGUGUAUUUAAAUGGCAGUGUCUAUAUUUAUACUUUACCAAAAACAAUAGGCCGACUUUCCUUGUUAAUUUAAGUCAAUAUGAAUAUUCAUUCUUAUUAAACAAUCAUAUUAAUAAUCAAAAUCAAUAUUCAAUAUGUUGAGUAGGAAGUAAGAUGCACUGACAUAUUGUAGCAAAUCAUAAUUGUUAGAUAAGGUAUAAUAAUUGUAACUUAAUUCAAGUGUUUUUAUUCAUACUUUAUUGUGUUUUAAUGAUUCAAGGUUUAUGUUUGUGAGAAUUGUUGCAGAAAUUUUCUAUAUUUUGCAUAUGUGUGUCUGUGUGCAUAUAUGGCUGUGUGUGUGGGGAGGGGGUCCGGGUCAUGUAUGUUAUUUUACACUUGCCGGUUGGGUUUCUAGUCCAUGAUUUAACUUUCACCUGCUCGUUGUUAGGAUAUCUUUCACCAUGGCAGAUUUCAGCUUUACACCAUUUGUUGUCAGGUUUACUGGCUGUUAUGAGUUUUUAAUCAGUGACAGGGUGCAGUGAUAGUCACAUGCACCUCUCCAGUGUGUAAUAUUAACACCAAGUACAACAACUUGCCAGACUUUUUUUAUUUAAUCAGGGAAUGUUUCUGCAUCAAUUUCUGGAAAAUCUGAAAGCCAUAAAACUCUAACAUAUAAACUCUAACAUUGAUUUGAAUAGAUAACUUUUAAAGAUUGAUGGUCUUCAGCGUCCCUAACCAACAAUCUGUCCUGUAUUUCUGCCUGGAGACUUUACAUUUGUCACAGGACAGGACGGACUCACUGCAGCCUCUUUAAAGAGGUCAGAAAUCUGUCAGCUCUUAAAUUACGGGGCAAGCAUACAGUAUGGUUGGGAGGUGGUGAAAGAGAGAGAGAAAGAAAGGGGGCAAAGAAGGAUAUGUAACCAAAGUUGAUUGAGUUGUACAGUUGAGUUGAACACUGAGUUGGACAGCUAGAUAGAAAGAGGAAGUUUAAGCUAACCAGUCCAGACCAUGGAUUGUAUGUAAAAUCAGAGUUGUUUUUAUAGCCUAUGGUAUGGACACGUGAUUUGCAGUGGUGUAAAACAUUACUUCAGUGAUGCAGAAUUUAUUGUGGAACGCAAGUGAAAGCCUGAGUCCAAACAUGCUUUUAAAAUCAGGAUUGAUUGUGAACAUAACCUGCUCUGCUCGGAUCACUAGCCCUCAAUCUGCAACCGUUUACCCACCUGUUGCUCUAAAAGAUUCUGUAUUUCUCAUUUAUUUAUAGCAGUAUUUAUUCAUGUCUUUGCAGAAAAGAGCGGAAAAGAGGUGAUGUCCAAAGGCUCAAGUGGCAUGGAGGUUAUCUUGGCUUCCCUGGAGGUCAGCUCACACAUCAACACAACUGGACAUAACAGCUUACAACUUGACACUUUAACACUUGGUGUAGUUUGAUAGAGGAGCAGCUCGAUUAGUAUUAAAGGUGCACCUGCCUUUAGGCUGUGCUGAGCUACCUUGCGGCUGGUUGAAAUCAAGCUUCACAUUCAGCCUGCAGCUCACAGUGAAAAAGUGUUUGCCUCAAUGUCGAACUGUUCCCUCAAGCCUUCCUCCUGUGGGGAAAUAGUAUUAUUAUUAUAAUAUUUUAUAGAGAAAAAAGACAAAUCUCAGUAAGUCGGAGUAGUGAUACCUGUAAUUUGUUAAAGAAGUGUGUUGUCUGUGGCUUUGACAGAACUCCAGGGACGUCCAGACAACUUUGAACAUUUUGUACAUUCUGAGUGAGCUGCUGACUGUGGGUGAGUACAGUUUUUUUUUCCCUUUUUUUAUAUAAAUAAAUGAUGAGCAGACCAGUUUUUGAGAGCUGAUCACCUAAUGCUUCUUAAUGGAUGGUUACCAGACAGAAAAUACAGUGGAAAAAAUGAGUAUAAUGUGAUUUAUAUGAUUUCAUGUGCUUUUCUUACCCCGGUUCUGUUACUUCUUUUAGUCAUGUUGUUUCAAUCCUAUACCCUAUGGUGUUUUAUCCCAUCUAACGCUGUCUACUGCUCCUUUUCUGUCUUAGGAAGAGGUCGCAGGGUGGGGGUAUUUGUGUCCAAAGGAGGAACGGGAAUAUUAUUCCAUAUUCUUAUCUCUGCAAGUAAAGAGUUGCCCCCCAGUGAGGAGCUUAUGCUGCAGCUUCACUCACUGCUCGCCAAGGUUGGCCCUAAAGGUAGGCAUACUUUUACAAUCGAACACAGACAACACAAACUCGUCGUAACACUCAUUAUGCACGGUGUAUGCUGUUGAAGGCGGCCCAUUGAGUUUCCUGUGAACAUACUUGAAGUCAUGGUUACAUCACAGAUUUCAUACUGAUUGUGUUUUGAGGUCUGUCCAAUAUUUUAAGUGCAAUUUCUUCCUCAAAAUAGCAAAGCCCUUUCUUUUUUAAACAGCAUUUUACUUGUGUUGCCUUUGCACAGUCACUGACCUUUACAGCCUGUGUGUGUUUAGACAGAAAGUUUGGCGUGAAGGCACGUUUGAGUGGAGCUCUGAACAUCACGGUCAACUUAAUGAAACAGAACCUACAGAAUACCAAACUGCUUCUGCCCUGCCUGCAGGUUCUCAGGGUGUACUCUACCAACUGUAAGUCAUUUUGAAAUGAAUUAUCCAGAAAUAUAACACGUAACCAACUAUGUCAUUCUUUUAAAUAAUCUUUAGAUUUCUUCUUAAGCUUUUUCUGAUCCUGCUUUUGCCUCAUAUUUCUGCUUUCAUGUGUCUGUUUAUAUAAAGCGGUGAACGCGAUUUCUUUGGGCAAGAGUGGAGUGGUGGAGCUCAUGUUCAAGAUUGUUGCGCCGUACAGCAAGAAGAACACCAGUCUGCUGAAGUAAGCCCGGCUGAUUUGAACUAUAAUCCAGCAUGAAUAAUGUGUGAUAACAACAAGCGACUACCACAGGCCUCGCUGGCUGAGUCCGAGUCUUUUAACAUCUCGUAUUGACUGUAGCUCCACAGACCGCGUAACCCAUUUGCCAUGUUUCUUAAUCAACAGGGUAGCUCUGGACGCACUGGGAGCACUGCUCAAAUCCAGUGAGUAAUUUGCUUUGUCGCAUUGACUUUUGGCUCCUCAGUGGUUUAAUGUAGUAGAGGUACUUAAUCAUAAUAUUGCUUCCUUACUUCUCUCUCAAUUCCAUCUCAUUUACCUUUUGCCUGUCUUUGAUUAAUUCUCUGUUUAGAAGCAAAAACAGUGAAUUUUUAUUACCUAACCCCCAAACUCACCUUUUUUCUUACUGAUUUGAAGAAUGUUACUCUCCCUGUUCUCUUUAAUUUCAGCUCCUUAGUUAAAAAACUACACAUUUUAAGUGCUUUCUCUUUCUUCCCUGAGCAGAGACUAAUGCUCGCCGUGCAGUGGAUGGUGGGCAUGUGCCUAUCCUACUAGCUCUGUAUCUUGACUGGCAUCGCAAUGACACCAGGCAUCGCCACAUGUUGAUUCGCAAAGGGCUGCUCGUUUGCCUCAGGAACAUCACCAACAUCAAGCUGGGCAGGAAAUCCUUCAUAGACGCUGACGGCAUGAGGAUCCUCUACAACUCAUCCACAGUGAGUGAGAGCGAUUCAUGGCGGUCAAAUGCAACCUGCGUAUUAUGUGUUCUGCCCUCACACACUCAGCCUUCGUCUACUCUCUGUGUGGUCUUAUUCACAGGAGUGUCUCCCAGUGCGGACUCUGGAUCCUCUGAUCAACACUUCAAGCCUCAUCAUGAGAAAGUGUUUUCCCAAGAACCGUCUGCCCCUGCCCACAAUCAAAUCAGCCUUUCACUACCCACUGCCACACAUACCUGCUUCAGGGCCUGUGGCACAGCUGUACAGCCUGCCACCUGGGGGUGAGGAUAUGACACACACACACACACACAUUUUCCCCGAGUGUGCCUCUGCUCACACAGUGUACGCACACAGCUUUCAUUGGCAGCUAUGCAGAACAGAUAGAUUAUUUUUAAACCUUUGAUUAAAUCUCGAGUUUAAGACACACGCACACCAAUUCACGUUUAACUGUAUCAUUCAUGAAACUGCUGCACACAAUGUGCCUUACAGGAAAGAAAACUCAGCAGCUGUGCAGCAAGCCCUUAAAGAAGGGUAAGACGUACGUAAGACACAACUCCACCCUCAUAAUACUUUAACUCACUGCUACUUUCUCAUUCACUCUGCAUCAUCACUUUCUAACACAUGAAAUGUGUUAGUAACUAAGACGUAAUAUAGAUUUUAGCGCCCAUUUCUUAGUCCUUGCUUGCUCAUCGGAAGACUCUUUACUCGUUCUGUACUCAAUCACCUGACUCUCUUGUUUUCACAGGAUGGUGAGUUACUCAAAUCUUUCAUGUCUCAGUGUGCUUCAUUAAAUCUGCCUUUGAUCAUAUGUGUACAUUUUAGCCCAUGUCCUUCUUUUCUGUUUAUAAGCCGCCAUUUUGACAGCUCUAACUGGCAUCACCAAGCAAGAAAUUGCCAAAUGGUCAUUGUAAUUCUGCGGUCAUGUUGUAUCAGUUAACCUAUGAUGGAGAACAAUGUAACAUGACACGCUACCGCAGCUACAUUGACUUGUUGGUGAAAUGAACUCAUUUUUCUUGAAGAAAUGCUUAUAAACUAUAAAUCCUUCUCAGCGAUUCCUCUUCCUCUUGGUCCCUCCCUCAUCUCUGGACCAUAGCAGCUCUCAUCACUACUGUUUGAUUUUAUUUGCUCUCUUACAUAGUAAUGAGACUAGCUUCAGUCAGCUGUACUUGUGUACAGUUUGGACAGUAAUGAAGUCUUAAUUUUGGAAAAAGAUUAUGCAAGGAUGUGAAUCCCAAUAACUUGUGUGUGUUUGUGUGUGUGUCUACCCAGUGGAUGAUGUGGUGGAUGAAAGCGACGAUAACGAGGAGACAGACGCAGACUCAGAAAAUGAGACUGAGAAUGAAGAAGACGAGAAGGAACGUCUUCGUGCUGCGGUAAUACUCAGCACUCACAGGCACUCUCAAUAUUUCCAACGGAGACGUUACAUGUUGCUAUUUAUACUGCAUAGCAGUGUUGUUGGAGAGGCCAGCAUUUGGACAGUUUGACCUGUCGUUUUAUCAAGGGUGCCAAAGCUGAGGGUCAGGAGGUAAAAAAAAAAACAUGCUGCAAAUCUUAACAAUGUUUAUCUGUGGAAAGGUGAAUUUCAAAUAUUAACUUUUUUAAUUAAAAACAAUAUGUCAAAAGUUGACAGUGGAUCAUUCCAUUAGAGUGAGGUUUCUGGUGUUGUGCUAUGUUUUUGUUUUUCAAUAUGCGACCAAGAAGAGAACCUCUUAGUGAAAAGGUUGUGGUACAUGGAGCUGAUGAUUCACGUUGAAUGCACCCAUCCAAAAGUCCAGAAGAGGGCAGUCAUACCUCACUAGACUUAGGCAAACACUCACUUUUUAAUGUCAAUCAUGCCAAACAUGUCUGGAAAGCAUUCAUGAUGGAUUCUGUUUGAACAAUCCAGAAAAGCACAACAUUUCCGGUGCACUAAAAAACAGUAAAUAAUCAGCUACAGAAGAUGUUUGUCUAACCUUUGUUGUUAAUCAUUGUUUCGUGUAGUUAUUUACUUUUCUUGAUCAUACUCCAAGUGCUAAUUUUACAAUUAUGUAUGUUGUAGCUAUUUAUUUGCUCCCCCUUGUCUUGUCUCACAGAAUGAAGACAUAGAGACAGACCUAAACAAGCUACAUCCCAAAAAGAGCCCUGGACGUUCUUUUGAGGAGUUAAGAGUUUAUGAGAGGUUCUUCGUGGAGCUUUCUGAAGACUUCCAGGUCAGUGUUGAGUUCUCAUGCUGAAUCUAUUUAAGGUCAAAAUUAGAUCAGAAAGUCUCUUUUGAGUAGCACCAGUCAAACUGAAUUAAUAUAUUCAAAGCACGAGUAAGUAGAAGAUAGUGUGUUUUUUAGAGGUGUCCCGAUACGAUAUUGGUAUCGAUCCGAUAUCAGCAAAAAAAAACGAAUAUUGGAUUAUAUCGGCCUGCAUCUAAAAUCUCCGAUAUCAGAACUCUGAUACAAGCAGUCCAUUCCAGACUCCGCUCCGGCACCUCUAUCUAGCAGUGCCCGGAUCCAGCAAGCUGAACCCACAAAGUCACAACAAUAGUGUGUACUAAGGUGCUAACAAAGUAGCACGGAGUGAGAGUGAUGUCGGCCUUGUGGCAGUAUUUUUUGUUUACGUCCGUAAAGACAUUGCAACUUAGUUGAAAACUUGUCAUGCACAAUUUUGUGCCAAUAAUGGAUCAAUAUCGGUAUGGGUCAAUAUUGGAGGCUACAAUAUAGGUAUAGUAUCGGGACACACCUAGUGUUUUUGCUUUUUUUUUUAUCUGUCAGGUUUAAAAUAAUACUAAAAACAUUUCUGAUCAAUGAACCGCCUUUUACAGGGUCAUAACUUCGAAUGCUCAAGGAGUGCCUCUACCACAUCCUCUUCGUCAGCUUCAUCAUCUGCUUCAACUCAGCUUCCUCGUCCAAUCAUAGUGCCCACAGCUCAGGCCAUGUCCCCAAAACAUGUCCCCAUAUCAAGUUCUCUGGGGGGUUGCAACUCUGCCAAAGGAAAACACAGCCUGCCGUCUCCCUCUGCACUCACUCCCACUGCCCCUGCUCUUUUAGCACCUUUAGAGCUGGACACCAUCCACCUCACCAAGGACCAAGACAAACAAGAAAAGGCAAACAUUCCGUCCCCUGACACACAGACUCUGUCCUCCCUCACCAGACCUCCUUCUCAAGGGCAGGUGAUAGAACAGGGACUAGUUAAUGUGUUGGAGGGUGUCUCUCUAGAAGAGGAAGUGUUUCUGAGUGCAGACGAUGGAGGAAGAAAGGGUGUCAAACAAGAAGGGUCCCCAGUCAAUGCCACAAGACACAUACAGUCUCCCCUGCUCCUCGGGGGUAUCCCUACUCUGCGUGUGGGAGGAGGAGGUAGCAACUGGGGGUCCGAAUGUGGCUCAGAGGGGGCUGAGGACGAAGGAGCUGUUCUGGAGGUUCCAGACACAGCGCUGCUUCUCCCACUGCAUGACCCUGACCUUUAUGUGGAGAUGGUGAAAGGGACGCUCUCUGUACCCCGGUACGCUGAAGUGGCCUACCCUGACUACUUUGGCCAUGUGGCCCCAACGUUUAGAGAACCCCUUCUGGAGAGAGUGUAUGGCGUUCAGAGGUGAGAUAUUUAUAAGGACGUGGUAUUUGGAAAAAUGAUUUGAUAUACAAACAGAUUAUAAAAAAAUCUGAAGGUGGAAAAUGCAAUUACAAGGAAAGUUGGAAGGGGAAACAAACUCCAGACCUUAGAAACAAAUUUAUUUGUUGUGUUUCUGAGAGACCUUUUUGAGUCUCUGCUCAAAUUAUGUUUAAAACACACUGUUUCUGCAUUGUAAAUUGAAUUUCUACCAAGAAAUUAUUCAACUGUACAAUGCAAUCAUUUUCUAACAUUGUCGGGUUCUACAUAGUGAUUCACAUUGGCUUCUGAGCCUGCUGUUUACACUUUAUACGUUUCUGUGUAUGGAAGAUAGUGAUGUAGGGACACUACUCUGGCAGAUUUUGCCCCCAUCCCAGUUUUGCUUAUAUGUACAUGUGUUUUCCUUUCAUAUCUCAUUGUGCAGAUCUAAGAUAUUCCAGGACAUUGAGAGGUUGAUUCAUCCCAAUGAUAUCCUGGAUAAAGUUGUUUAUGACCUCGACAUUCCAAGGUGAGCUCUUCUUUAGGAGUCUAAACAUCCAACAUCCUGAAUUGAGCCUCAAUCCAGACCUUUUGGUCUGGCGUUCAGCCUCCAUUACAGAAGCUUUUAUUUGAUUUACUCUGAUAAUGUUGAGAGCUGUAAUGUUAACAGACUGAACUAUCAUAUUGUGUAUCUUUUAUGAAUAAUGUUUUUUUCUUUUUAUUGUGUGUCAGUUGUCCUUUAGUAGAAGACAGCGGAGAAUCUCUGAAGUUCAACUCUCAGUUUGAGUCUGGAAACCUCAGGAAAGCUAUUCAAGUUAGAAAGUAAGUAUUUAUCAGCACAUCAGGUGGAGGAAAGAGUUCAAGAAUUAGCAUUUACUAAAUCCCUGCCCUUUGGGAUCUUGGCUUCAGCAUGAGUCAGGCCUCCCAAGAGACAAGCUCAGUGAGGCUAAAUAAGAUGUGGUGCAGGUUGCAUGAUCUUUCAUCACCUUAAUCUCUCUCUGGUCCACUUUUAAAAGAUAAGUUCACUUUGUGGUUCAUUAUGUUUGGCUCCAUUUUGAAAUUAACGUUGUGCUUCUUCAGACACGAGUAUGACCUUGUCCUGAACUCAGACAUCAACAGUAAUCACUAUCACCAGUGGUUCUACUUUGAGGUUAGCGGGAUGCGAGUUGGAACAACUUACCGCUUCAACAUCAUCAACUGUGAAAAGUCCAACAGCCAAUUCAACUACGGUAAGAUACAUGGAAACUAAACCUCAGACAACCAGGAGUUUGUCUGUUUCCAUCACAAAUUCAGUCUGACCGACAAAUAUUUGUUAAUACUUUAGGAAUGAUGCAUUAUGUAAUGUAGUGUUGACCUGCAGUGUAUGAGAUAUGUCAGAUUUUAGUUCCAGACCCUUAAACUGGCACAGUUCUGCUCUUGUACAUCAAGCAUUCUUAGCUCCUGUGCCGCAGUCUUUAUGUGUCCAUCUGUGUGUGUGUGUGUGUAGGCAUGCAGGUGCUGAUGUACUCUGUACAGGAGGCAAUCAGUGGAAGGCCUCGCUGGGUCAGAACAGGAUCAGACAUCUGCUACUACAAGUAGGUACACUUAAUAUGAGAAAGACUUGGGAAUAUAUACGAACACUGGAGAGAAAAUUAAAACUCAAGUGUUGCAGGUGCACGAGACAUGAUCAGGAUGCUCAUGCUGCCUUCCAAUUGUGCCCCCCACUGUACUGCAGUGUAUUGAAUACAUUGUAUCAUGAUAUAUUUUAGACAGCUCUAAUGAUUACUGGGGGUGGGAAUCACUAGUGGCCCCAUGAUAUGAUAUUAUCAUGAUACUUGGGCCACGAUACAAUAUUAUUGCGAUUUUUAACAUUUUGCAAUACAGUGAGUAUUGCGAUACAAUAUAUAGCGAGUACUAUUAUUUGAAAUCAAUUUUAGGUCUUUUGGUUACAUGACAUAGAAGCUAUUGAAAAAAAUGUUCAAAAUUUGUCUUAAAAUUUAACACAAAAAAUGUAUGAGGACAAAUUAUGGAAAUAAAAAGGUGUGUCUUAUUGGUCGACAUAAGUACUAUUAUUUGAAAUCAAUUUUAGGUCAAUUGGUCAAGUGACAUUGAAACUAUUGAAGGAAAACAGCCUUUUUUGAGAACAUCAACUGGUAAUUUAUUGAUGGUCCCUUAUUCAACACCUGACAUUGACAGCGAAGGUGGCGAGUAGAUUUAACCACGCUGCUGCUGCUAUGAAUGUAGACUGAACUCGAAUGAACACUAAGGAUGGUCUUGUUUCUCUGUAAGUGAGGUGCAAACCUUGGAAGCUGAAAAACUCUUCCAUCUUGGACCUCUUAGGCUGGUCACCUGUGCUCUGCUGAAUGCAGCACAGGCUCAACUGGAGCUUUAAUGUUUGGGGUUCACAAAGAUGUAGCUGCUCAACCAAAAUGACUUGAGCCCAUCCAAAUUUAGCUUAUCGUUGCACCACUUCACAUAAGCAGGCACUUUACCCAACACUUCAAUGCAAAGACAGGAGCACUUCGAUGAUUGUUUACAAUUUCUGCAGUCUUUGCCACUCAUCCCAACUUGAGUUUAUGAGAUUAUGUUUAUCCCACUAUUACACAAUUAGGGUUAAUGAAUUGCUUCCUCCUGCAGCAGUAGUUGCCUCGUUUUCCUUCCAGCAUAAAUGUCCACUUUUGUUGAAAGAGACAUUAUAAAGUCAGAUCGCUCCAUGCUGUGAAUGACCAAUCAGGACGCUGUCUUACAGCCGGUUAAUUAGACUCCGUUAUCAUGCAGCGCAGUGAAGAAACAGGUGUUUCAUAAUAAGAAGCGUUUUGAUGAUGCUGGUUUUAGUCUGGUCUAUUUAUAUUUCAUGGUAAAAAUAGAUUUGAGUCAGAAGUUCAGGUCUUGUAUUUAAAGGACAGUCCACAGAACUAUAGUUGAACACAACACAACACAACAGUUCGUUAUAUGACAAACAAGUUCGUAAUGACAGGCACCUCUGUGAGUCUUUGUGCUGGUUUGUCAUCUUUCAUUGCUUUUGAAAGCUAAAGAAGCUGUACGGGGUUCAGUACUGAUUUGUAUAUGGAGCUGGGAAGUGAGACCGGACCAGUUGUGAUCACUGGAGAUACAUUUUGAGACACAUAAUCUGGUCAUGUAUGAAGUGCUGUGAUUAGAGCUGUCUAUGGUGAUCAAAUCAGCGAGACAACAUUGCCUUAAGAGGUGUAAAAAGAAAAAACAUGACAACAGAUUAGAUACAUAAACCUCAUACAUAAAUUUUAGAUCCCAGCUAGUUUCUAAUCCCCCUCACAACUGAGGAUCAUCUCUCUAAUGCUGCUGACAUGAUCUGGUUCUUAAACUCAGUAUACAGAGAGCAGUGUGGUUUGUGUUUACAUGCUGUAACAAGUGUAUGCUUUGCGGAUGUAGUUCAAACAGUGUCAGAUGUUAUACGUUGCAGCUAAAAAUCUGUCACUUGCUCUAAGAACAAGAUGGUCUGCCAUUAAUUCUUCUCAAACAAAGCUUAUCAUGUAUGAAAGAGAAUUAGGGCCACAUGAAAAGAAAAAAUAAUAGAUUAAAGUCGAAAAUUCGAGAUUACCAAAAUUAAAAUUAUGUCAAUAAAGUUGAAAUUUCUAGAUUAAAAAUUGAAAUUUAAAGGCUAAAGUCAAAAUUUUGAGACAACAAAAUGUUGUGAAUAAUGUUGAAAUUUUGAGAAUUAGAAUGUUGAGAUUAAAUUUGAAAUUUCUAGAAUAAAGUCAACAUGAAUAAAGUCCAAAUUCUGACUUUUAAAUUUCGUCUUUAAUCUCGAUAUGUCCACUUUAAUCUCGGAAUGGAAAUUAAAAAAAUCUCCCUCCUGUAAUUAUUUUUUUCUCCUCUUGUGGCCCUAAUCCUCUUUCGUAUAUCAUGUUCUGCAUUUGCUAAUGCUCACAUUAAGUUGUUUGCCCUCCCUGUGAGGAAACAUUUGAGGUGCAGAAUAGUAUCCCUUGCGAUAGAUUGCACAGGUGUAUGUUUUGAGGAAAUAUUCACAGGUUCUAUUGUGUGAAACGUUAACUCCUGAAAUUUUGAUGCUUCUCUACAGGAAUCAUUUUGCAAGAAGCUCCAUCGCAGCUGGUGGUCAAAAAGGAAAGUCCUAUUAUACGAUGACAUUCAGCACAAGCUUCAGCCAUAAGGAUGAUGUCUGCUACUUUGCCUAUCAUUUCCCUUAUACGUACUCCACUCUUAAGGUAACAUCGCAGCAUUAGCCGUUACCUACCUUUAACCAACCUUUAACUUAUUCCUAGUGUACGAGAAACUCUCACUAUGACCUCAAAUAAGAUUCAAAACUAACUUUUUAGUUCCAUAUCUUACUGUUUGUUUUCAUGUUGUCAUUUCUUUGAUGCACUGUCUAGAUAGAUUUGGUGUUUUAUUGUCAUUGACUGAUCAUUUCUGUGUCCUGAAAUCCUACAUCAGAUGGGUGCUGUGCUUUUGAAUGUACUGUACACUAGUGUAAAUGGUCAUGUUAUGAUUCUAUGCUGUCCGCCAUUUAUUCAGAGUACACUUUACAUUCUCAGAUGCAUCUGUCCAAAUUGGAGGCUUUGAGGACCCCUCAGAUCUACCUGAGACAAGAUAUCCUGUGUGAAACCCUGGGUGGAAACAGCUGCCCCCUCCUCACCAUCACUGCCAUGCCAGAGUCUAACUCCAAUGAUCACAUCUGUCAGUUUAGUAAGUAUAUUAGGUUAGUUCUGCUGUCUUUGUGAUGGAAAUUCACAUACUCCCUCUUAUUCUUUCAUGUCUUUCGUUCGUUUCUUUAAAAAUUAACAGAUAACUGACUUAUUUCCUUCUCACACUAUCUGCAAGAUCAUAAGGGUGAAUACUAUGCUGUGAGAACAGGCCAAGGCUAGCAAGUGCAUAGCAGCGAAUCCCAAAUAGUUUUCUGUCUGAUGUAGUUCACUAUCACAGUUUCUCUGCCCUGAAAAAAUAAAACUUUAAAUUAGAGAAUCUUUUCCUUUUUUUUCUCAUUUCGUCUUCUUGUGUUUGUUUUUGUGCCCUGUUCUGCUCUUUUCCCUCUUCAGGGAAUCGUCCAUUGAUCUUCCUGUCAGCCAGAGUGCACCCUGGAGAGACCAAUGCCAGCUGGGUAAUGAAGGGCACGCUGGAAUUCCUGAUGGGCACCAGCCCACUUGCAGCCAGCCUGAGAGAUGCCUACAUCUUCAAGAUAGUCCCUAUGCUAAACCCUGAUGGAGUUAUAAAUGGAAAGUGAGUUACAAGAGUCCUGAGAUGAAAGAUAAACACAAUCGCAGCGAGUGCACACACCGAAGAUGCAUACAUGUGUCGAGCCUGUGCCUGCACGUUGGUCACAGCUUUGUGUCUGUUAACUCACACAUUCUUGUCUCGAGGUAUCCUUUAGCUGUCGCUCUGCUCUCUUCCUGUUCCGCUAUCUCCUCUCCGCUAUAGCCAUCGCUGUUCUCUGAGCGGAGAAGAUUUGAAUCGUCAGUGGCAGAGCCCCAAUCCUGAGCUCCACCCCACCAUCUACCACACUAAGAGCCUGCUGCAGUACCUUGCACACAUACAAAGGGCCCCACUGGUAUGACCUCUAAUGAACCCGGCAGACACUUGUUAUCAUUGCUGCAGCAUCUUUCAUUUGUGAAUAAUUAAGAAGCUGCUUCUGUGCCAUUUCUCUUGUUCAGCUGCUAUCUCUGUAUGGCUGCAUGUCUGCUAAAUUAACAAAUGUAAAUUAGCAAAGUAGUCUAAAAUGUUAAUGGCAUUUCCAUUUGGCCUCUGUACUCCUCGGGUGUCAGCAAGUUAUAUUUAAGGGUAUUGGCUUUGACAGGAGAUUUGUGCACUGAACAGAGGUCAAUGAUUUACAACACAAAACAAGGUGAAGACGCUGUCCUUCAGAAAAAAAUGGUCUUUAGUGUUCAUUUAGAUCUUUGUUUAUGUUUUGAUGAAAAUUAAAUGCAAUAUACAUCAUUGAUUUAAUCAUUUCCCCCCUUUUAUUCUUGUCUGCGUGUGUGUUUUUGUGUGUGUGUGCGCAUUUAUGAAAGGUGUAUUGUGACUACCACGGACACUCUAGAAAGAAGAACGUGUUCAUGUACGGCUGCAGUGUGAAGGAGACUGUCUGGCAGUCCAAUAUUAGCGCCACGUCCAGCGACUUGCAGGAGGACCUUGGAUACAGGGUGAGGACAACUGCACACAUACACGCACACACAAAUACACAAAAACUUGCUAUGCAGUCAAUGCACAUUGUCUGUAUUGGAAUGCAUGCUAACACAUCAUCAUCUCGACUAAGAUCAAAACUCUUGUGAGUCCCUCUGCGUUUUCCUUUUUUUCCAAACUUUUCACUUCAGUGAACUUUUAUCUGGAUUGUUUCCAUGUUUGACAUCAUUAAUAGGCGUCUGUUGGCUGAAAAACUUUAUUUUAGAAUUCAGGAUACUUAGCGGUGCUGAAGGACUUUUUUUCCCUUCUGCUCUGGUCAGGAUUAGUUUGUUGUUUCACUGUGCAUUUGGGAUUGGAAAAAAAUCUACUCCACUGAGCAGAAUGCUAAUAUAGUUGCCAGCUCAAUACAGUAGUUUCCUGGUGGAGUGUAGCUUCAAGCCAUGAGCCAACAGCAAACAUUAUGGAUCGCAAAAGUCAAUACUGCUAGUCUGAUCCUUUCUCUGUUGAUCACAGUUAUUUGUUCUUACCAGAAAAUACACUUUAUUAUAUGCCCCCUUGUUUCACAAUCGCACACACUUGUACAAAGUUACACAAACAUAUCAAACACUUUCAUGUGUUUUUCAGGCUCUACCUAAGAUCCUCUCCCAGAUCGCCCCGGCCUUCAGCAUGGGCAGCUGCAGUUUUGUUGUGGAGCGCUCCAAAGAGUCGACGGCCCGUGUUGUUGUAUGGAGAGAGAUAGGAGUUCAACGUAGCUACACCAUGGAGAGCACGCUCUGUGGCUGUGAUCAGGGCAAAUACAAGGUAAGUUUGUCUUUUAUUUCUGAUAAAGGGUAAGGACUAAAAAGACCUUGGUGCAGUACAGCUCUCAGUUUUAAACUCACUUUGUGAAGCUUCUGGUGUAAAAUGUCAAGUUAACUCUUCCCCCGCCAGCCUUUUUAACCAAAUUUAGCGAAUUUUCAAGCUCUCAAAAUUAUUUAAAGGCAUAAAAGAAAAGUACAAGGCUUCAGUUUUCAUAAGAAGAAACCCAUUUUGUUCAGUUUUUUCUGUUUUUGUUUGUUUGUUUUAUCAGUAUUUAAAAAUAAGUUGUUUUCCUCAAAACUUCAACAUUUCAGGCAAAAAGCUGAGAAAACAUUUUUCCAAGAAAAUAUAUUUUUUUUUUUAUGUCUGAGCAGAAAAUUGGUAGGAUACUUUAAUUUUUGUACCUGUCUGAUAUGAUAAUUGACUGCAUGAUUUGAGUACCUAUUUUCUAUGAGUUUGUAGUCUGCAUCAAACUGUUUGGAGCAUCACCGUCUGUGAACAUGCUGUAGGUUCUCUGUAGGGGGUCUGUGUGUGCCUCAGAUGUGCAUACAGCGACGUCUUGAAAAUGAACAUUAUAGGCCCACUGUUCUCAUAUUCAAUAAGUUAUAAUGACUUUUGUUCACUUUUCCUCUAUUAUUUGUUUGUGAACAAGUCUUCAUUUCUCUCUUUUGUUCUAGUUUAGGGAAUUUAAAGCGCAUUAUGAGUUUUAAGCGUAGCUCCGCGCUGCGUCUCGUCCUAUUCAGAGGGAGUAUGAUGACAGUUCAGUUUAAGUUAUUAGUAAAUAAGUAUCAGUGAAGUCAUUUGCUUCAUUUCAUAUAAAUAAUAAUAUGACCAUUAAUAGGCUAUGGUGCAAUCCCCAUGACAACGCAUGGUCUGAGUCUGAUUUUUGCUCAAUCAGCAGUGUUUCCUCCUCUUUCAUCUCCACCUGCAUCCGUUUCCUCCCCGUUACUGGUGGAGCUUUUUCACUUGUUGAUAGAGUCAGGAUUGUGAUACUGUUCCACAAAGUACGUCACAGCACUACCCGUCAUAUUAUAGUGAAGACAAGGACUGACAGUAUAUCCUGUCAGUUAAGAUGACAAAAUUUCUGCCUUUAUUUUCGUAACAUUUUAGAGAACAGAGAGUAGCGAGAGAAGAAGAAACGUGCAGCUAGAACCUCUGCGUGACCUGAGCUGGAGUCGUUGUGGUUUAUAGUUAAAGAUAUUGCGAUGGAGUAACACAUUAGCUUACAGUGUGUAGCUAAUUCAUUGUUUGGUAAGGGCAUCAGAUAUUUGUGUCCCACACCCUGUUAAGUGGAAAUGAAGUACCCCUUCAAACCUCUAAAUGUCCACCAGGUGGCGCUGCAGUCCUGUCUUACUUUUUCUCUUCGCCUCUCUGCUGUCUUUUCUCCUCCUUUCCUUUGACCUCUUUUCCGCUCUUUCUCCUCCUCAUCACUCUCACUCUCCAUCCCAGAUGAUUUCCUUCCUGUUGAAUUCUGCCAAUGUCAACAUCUUUCAUAUUCAGAGGCAGCCUUGGGAUGCCAUUUUGGCACUGAUCACCCCCCCACACACACACACAAACACACACACUGGUCUGUGUGGAAGUAUUUGUCCAGAUGUGCAGGAACUAAUGUCUUUUGAAUUCAGGCUACAUAUCUCUGAGGCCAGGCCAAGUUUAGAUGUUCCUAGCUUUUCUCCAGAGGAAGAGAAAGUUUGGGGGUUGAGUCAGGGUUAAGCUGAAGUGUGUGUGUGUGUGUGUAUCUGUGUGUGUGUGUCCCUGGGAGAGUAUUCAUCGACUUGUAUCACUGUACUGUAAAGAGUCUGGUCAGGUUGCAGGUGUGAGUGCGUACGUAGCUGAAUGUGUGCUUCCUGUAAAUUAAAUAUAUUAUCAUGUUUCUGCAUAAGUUUCCUCAGUGGGGUUUCAGGCUUUGAGACGUAUGCGUUUGAAGGUGGACAGCUCCAUCCCAGGGGACUAGGACAGCUUCAGCAGACAUUUCAGAAGAAUUUGACCUUUGAUUUCUUUUUAUUAUUAACGUGUGUUAGUAUCUGCUGUGUAUAAAAUGAGCUGUAAUUGUUCUAUCUUGUGUUACGAGUGCUUCAUGUUAGGGUUUGGCUCUUUCUGAUGUUGCGUGUUUUCCCCUCAGGGUCUUCAGAUCGGGACUAGAGAGCUGGAGGAGAUGGGAGCUCAGUUCUGCGUGGCCCUGCUGAGGCUGAAGAGGCUGACUGGGAUCCGCAACCACCAGCAUCUGCUGGAUUUGGAGAGCGAUAUAAUUGGGACGCAGGCUAAAGUAGUCAGGUUAGUAAAGCAGGGCUCCCAAACCACCACCCACAAGCGCAGACAGAAGCUGCGCAACUGCUAAGAGGUAGAGAGUGUGACUUUAAAUCUCACAAGACCCAAACAAAACAUACAGAGUUGAGGAAUCAAGUCUGUUGUUUCAUAGAAACAAGAAGGCGAAGUAACACAACAGAUGUCAUGGACCAAUUAUUUGUAUCUCCCAGUAUUACAAACACAGCAUCCCCAAACCACCUUCCGAAGAUAUCUGUGAUUUGAAAAGAGUUUCCUGUCACCAAACUCUUACCUGUAAAACACUAAAUUGGUUUUUGACUAUUUUCUUCUAUAUCUGUACCACACACACACACACACCCUCUCUACUCUAAGACACGCUCCCUCUUGGCACCAAAUCUCUCAGUGUGACUGUCACUCCGGAUCUCCUAAAGCAUUGCUCAAGAAAUAAAUUGAGGCCUGCAUUUAUACAGGACUGAAAUCCUGUCACCAUGUGAUGAAUAUAAUGAAAACUCAGGAGUAAGAGGGGACUGGGUAUGAAUAAUUAUCAGCAGUGUCAUUAUUUCUCUAAGAGAGCGUAAAACAGCGCCUUCAUAGAGGGGUUUUUCGGGGCCACAGUGAGCUGCGGAUGCUACCAUGCAGAUUAAAUACAUGGACUACGCCUACGAGUACACUGCCCUGCUGCUCACUUGCUUGUAGCUGGAAUAAAUUGAUCAAAUAGGAAGGAAAAAGAAAGGUGGACAGCGGAGAAGCAUUUCUUUCUUUACUUGGAUGAGUGUGCGUUCCAGGGACAGUGUAUCUUAAGAUGGUUUUUGUUAUGUUCAUCACUUAAUACUCUUGUCCCUCUUUUUCUCUACGCACUAAACAGAAAACCUAUAAAAACAACUACUUUCCAAUGUAUUUUAAAAUCAGCAGAUGUACUUUGUACUUGAUAAACCGUUUCCUCUCUAAAUUACCUUUGAAAGAAAUCUUUUGAAUGAAUCCUCAGAGAUUAAAUUCUGCAUCUUAAUUGAAGGGAUAAGCGUUCUUAAGUUUUCAGAGCCAUAAAAGAAAUUCCUUUGGGUUUAACCCUUUACCUACUGGUUUGGAGAUACUUUGUUAUCACGGAUGUAAAAUGGUCAGAAAAUGCCUUGAGUCUGAGAGCUUUGGUCCUUUUUUCUAGGAGUGCUUGAACUUCAUUUUUCAACACCUGGUUAAUGCUGGUUAAUGUUCUCAUUUGUCAACGAUAAUAGUAUUGCUAGAUGUCAUGUUAGACUAAAAGAAAUGAACCCAGUUUUUCAAAAAAGUUUCAAAAUUAAGCUAUAAAUUUUAAGAAAUAAUAAAUUUAUUAUUUAACACUGAACUGAAUUGUUGCCUGCAGCUCUGCCCUGGAUAGUUGCAUUAACUCUAAGUUUUGUGAAGUAGAAAAAUAGAAAAGCAAAACAAAAAUUAAGUCAUGAAAUAAAGUUUUGACUCCGACAACAUCAACAUAUUCUGAAGACAGACAAAGAUGCCUCCUAAGUUGUCAUGCUUAUUUUCCAAAAAUGGGGGCAUCAGCCAAUGAGCCGGUCUUUCUCAUCAGACGACCACAUGGCUUUACUGUGUAUCAAAUCAACUCGAUUAAUAAUCCCCGUUCGGUAAUAAGACAUCUGCCUAGAUAAUUUUGUUCUGCAGAUCAGAGGCACUUAUAAAAUAUUAAACUUGGCCCAACCCUACUCCGACCACCAAGGUUAUCUUAAUUUCUUUUUCUGUUUUUUUUUUUUUACCUCAGCAUUCACCGCCACAGAUUUGUUAAAGCACUUGAUAUAAAAGAAAGGCUUUAAACUCCCGACCACUUAAUGCUCCUAUCCCUCCCAGUGCUUCCUUUCAGUCUCUCUCACCAACCCCACUCCACUCUCAUAUUGAUAUAUUCAUUCAUCAUUUAUGUGUCUGAUCAUUAAGGGACUGUGUAUGUAUGUAUGAGUGUUUGCGUGAGUGUCCUUUGGGAUUGGUCGCUUUCAUCCAAGGUUUAUGGUUUUUAUGCGUGGGGCUUGGUAUGAUACCAUUUACCGUUUAAUAGGGCAUCACAACAAUGAUAAUGUGGCCAUUGGGAGGCGCCUGCAAAUAACUGGGGGUUUCAGGGUGGGUAAAUGAGCAGUAUAGGCAUCGGUGUGUUUUUGUGUCCAAGUUAGACUAAGAAAUACAUGUAUGCGGGUGGUGAAGGUUUUUCUGCGUGCACAUGGGAAUAAAGUUAAUUGGGGGUUUUAAUGCAGGCGGUGUUAAAUAGUUCUUUAUAUUUAGAGGACUCGGUAUCAACAGAACUGUAAAUGGUUGAUGCGGAAAAUGUAAUACAAAGAAAGAAGAGAUCCGGUUUGGUGUGUCUGUAAUGGCUUCUAAUGGUUGACUCCUAACUCUCAUUAUCUGCUCGGACAAUAGUUUGUCUAUCCACAUCAUCACACAUACACACACAUUAUUACACAUCCACAUUUACUGUACACAAACGGAGACUAUUCUCCGUGUGUGUCUCCCUCCCUCGCACUCAAACACUGCUGAGCUCGGUGGGAGAUCAUUGUCUGAGCCCCCUGAUCGACUGUCUCCCAGGGAUCACAUUUCAGACCAUUAACACCAUUAAAAACCCACUAAAGCCACUAAAACCUCAAGAACCAGCAACCAUUUAACCAUUAAGACCCAGAGGGAAAAAAAACUGCUCCACCAGUCAGAACACACAAGUUGUUUGUUUCCAGCUUGUAUUUUAUUAAGAUUUUAAAUAUAUUCUAAGAUGAAUUAUAAUGUCAUACAUCCACUGUCUGUAGUAAAGAAUUAAGUGUUUUUAUUGUACCUUUAACUUAGGCCAAAACAGUUACUUAAACUGGCAAAUAAAUCUGUAACCAAUUUGUUAAAGUCCUCCUCCAAAAAUGACAAGACUACAAGUUUGUUUGUUUGUUUUUCUUUUCUGUAAAAUGAAAGAGCUUUUACUGAUUUCCUGUUGCAGCGAUAUUGGGUGAAGAAUAUAUAAAAGUGUGUACAUGAAUCAGGAAGAUUACACAAAUGUGUUUAUUUAUGAAGGAGUUCUUUACAGACAGGAAAAUAUUCUGACCUGAUAUCCUAAUGCAGGUUUAAAGGAGUUUUCUCUUAAAAGUUCAGGAUUUAUUGACUUGAUGAACUCACUGUUACUUUAUGUUGUUUUGCAGUAGCAGCCCCACAACGUACGUGAUGGAAGAGGAUGAGCCGUCCUUUCUGGAGGCUAUAGACUACAGUGCGGAGAGCAACGAUGAGGACCCCGAGCCUGAUCAUGAACACAGCAACGAGGGUCAUGAGAAUCCAGAUCACCUGGAUCCACUGUCAGACUCCGAUACAAAUCACAGAGACUAACGUUGAGACGUCGAGGUUGAAUAUUUCCGAUAGUUUGGAGAGCUCGGAGUGUUUGCUGACGUUCGAGUCAUAAUUGUGAAGGUUAAAUAGUCAAUCCAACACCUCUAAUGUUGACUGUUAAAAAAUAGCUCAAACCUUAUUGUACAGACACUUUAUAAUAACGGCAUGUAGGUUUCACUGGCACCACUGAGGUGCUCUUUUCCCAACCAUGUUUCUGCUGAAGGUGCAUACCCCACCUGCCUUUCACUUCAGAAAUGCUGAUAUAAGCCGUCAAUAGGAAUCAAGCUGGAUUCCCACGAAUGUUCUCACCUCCCACUCGUAUCCUAUAACCCUUAUGAACUUUAACCCUGGACCUCAGACACCAUAUAGCCUCUGAGAUUCACAUACAGCUAGCCAGAGCAGCACACAGCAGGCACCACCGAUCCUUAACUCAAACCCUUCUCCACUCGCUCCGUUUCUGCAGCCUAUCUUACAGUGCAGCUGUAGUGGUGUGAUAGAGCCAGUGGCUUGUGUAGGCACCAUCCUUUAAAACCUCUCUCACCCGUGUCCCUGUGUUUUAACUUAAACAUCAUGUGAUAGAGGGAGACUGGAUCUCCUCUCCUGACCAGCUCAGAGGUGCAACCAAACUGCCUUCUUGUUUUCUGUUUCUUCUUUUUUACUUUCUUCAUCUUUUGUUGUCUCGGCUUUCCUUGCUUUCCUCCUUCACCCACCUUUUUUUCCCCUUCACCUUCUUCCUUUGUUUUUUUUUUCUUUUGAAAUGCCAAGGUGUCUGAACGGGCUGCAGGGUUGACCAAACAGCUCUGCAUCAUUAAGAGUCAAUGUCAGACAUCCUAUGUGUAUCAUGCAGAAAAAAAAAAAACAUACUGAGAUGUAAGUACACUUUAGCUGUGACCUCACGUUCUCUCUUGUGUCACACAAGGUCUGAUCAUCCUCUAUGUGCUGUUUGCCUUGCUUAAUCCAAAAGUAAAACUAUGUAUAUAAAGCAGAUGUAGAAUGUUCAUGUCUUUAUAGAGACACACCUUUAACAAUACAGAUGUAAUCUCACACCACAAACUAACAAUAACCAGUGUGGUUUGAUGCACAGGGGUAAAAACAUGAAGAUGAAAUGUAAACUAUCCACCUGCACUUUUGGUGUUCUGUGGUUUUCACUAGUAGACAGUAUUACGUUAGACUGUAGAGAGCAGAGAGCAGAAAACCCUUUUGCACUUUGGAUAUACUCACACAACAAAAACUCACUGAAUGACAGAGAAACGUCACUUUAAAACUUGUCACAGAAAACCUCAACUUCCGUCACCUCAGUAGUUUGAAGUUCUCAGAGUCCAGCCUAAAGCUUGAUGUUUCAAAGAAUCAUACUGGAAUAGAGUUUCUGUUUUAUUCUUUCCUCCAAUCUGUGUCUUUUAUUUUGUGGAUUUGCAGAGGGGAGACUGUUGCUUAAAAACAGAUGGUGCUUUAUAUUGAGAGUACAAAGUAGUUAAUUUGGCGAUUUCUUUACAUGUUGGAUAUGAGUUUUUCUGUUGCGUUUGUACAGGUAGUGCAUGGCUAUUUUUUCUGUUUUUAUUUUGUAAUUUAUUAAAUAUUGUUAAUGACAUGAAACAUGUAUGUAUAUGUGGCAUUUUGAAUGUGUACGAGGGUGUGUCUGCAUGUGCCAGUUUGUGUGUGCAGGAGUUUUAAGUUAUUCAAUGGUUCAGUCCAGCUAACACACACACACACAGUUUUUCUUCUUACUAUUUAAUUAUCCCUCCUCUCUCCCCUGCACUCAUGUUCUGUCUAACCUUCCUUUUUAUAUUCCUCUCUUGGUUCCUUUUUAAAAUCUUUGUUACCCACAAAUAUCUUAAAAACAACCUUGCUCUUGGUGUGUGUAUGUUUGUGUGUGUGUGUGUGUGUAAAGGUGAUACAUGAUGUGAAUUUUGAAAAAAUGUCAAUCCCCUCUGAGAAUUGUGUACGCUGUUAUGUUUUUCCUUUUGUCUAAUAGAAGUUGAUGUCAACAAGAUGCGCCUUUUAUUUUACAUUCGUUCGAAGGUGAACAAAACCCGAGAUAGUGGGUGAUUUUAAGACGAUGUAACAGAGAGCUGAAGCGGAGAAUGAACACGGGCAAUAAAAUGUGGACGUAGUAAACUUGUUCCUUCGUUUUGUCCUUCCAUUAUGCUUGAGAGAAAACAUGAUGGGCUGUAGCACUUCACAGUUGCAUUUGCCUUCCUUUUGUCUCAAACAUUAAAUUCACACAGCUUUUGUCCUCUUAUAGACCUCUCUUUUAAACUUGGUAGAGUAACUGUAAUGGAUCCUAACUGAGUUAUAAGGAGAAGUGCUGUAAUUGUCAGAUCAGGCCAAAAACAAAGAAGAAUGUUUUUCUUGUAACCUGGGUCUUAUUUUCACUCCACGUUGUUUGAACAAACUUGACUCGUUUAAAUAACCACUUGUCUUUUCAAAGCCCUAUGGACUCAGACUCGACAGACAGUCUGACUUUUUGUUUUCUCUGCAGUGACCUGGUGAGAGAAAAUGUUAGUGUAACUGGGAUUAUGACUCACACACACACACAUUCAAGCAAUUGUUUCUCAAGUCCAUACCAAAAAGACACAUUUCUGAAGCUUGUUUAGUGUAAAUAAUGAGGUACAAGAGAGAAAAAAUUCUACUAAUUACAACCUGGGUUUAACGAAUUAACUGCUGUGUCUUUAAGCACAGGAAACGUUAUCUUUGGAAACACAAAGGAAAAGGAAUGUAGAGAAGCUUAUGAAAAGAAUUCUGUGGAUUUUAUCUGCUGAAUUCAUCUACAUGCCUCAGCACACAUUAAUUUUAAAACCACUAAGGAAAGAGAUAUUCUGCAGCCACCGUGGACGAGAGUAAUUUUCAAAAUGACCAACAUUUCUGUAAAAUGCUCAGAGGCGAGUAUUCACUUUUCAUGGACCAGGAUAAAAAACUGAAAGAUGACUAAGGUUUGGUGCUGAAGGUCUUUGAUGCUGUACCUCCUCAACUUUACAUCUUUUUACUUUUACUCCCAACUCAACACAGAUUCUGCUGUGGAUUUGUAAAAACAAAAAGAUACUGAAUUGGGAAUCUCAAGGCCUCUGAUGACACUGUUUUGUACAAUAAUGCUGCGUUCGAGCUACCUCGGAAGUCAGAUGUCCGAGUUGGGAAUGAGGUCACACCCGAGUUACCAGCGUUUCAGUUACCAAGUCGGAAAAAAGCAAAAUGGGAGGCAGAAACAAGAUGGCUACAACUAUGAAAGUUACUGUAGUGCUUGUUAAUUAGGUUAUUUCAAGUUAUUUUAGCUUCCCUUUUCGAUGUGAUACAAUACGAUUUGAUACUGUUCACCAUGAUACAAUAUAACUUGUUAUGAUACUUUUUGGCUAUGACACGAUACGAUACACCAUGACAUGAUAGUACAUGAUACAAAAAAUAUAUACUGCAAUAUGAUAUGAUACGAUACAAUAUGAUGCAAUAGGAUUCGAUACGUUGUGGUACAAUACACUGCAAUACAACAUUAAUCAGUAUGAUACAAAACACUGAUACGAUAUGACACAAUACGACACGAUACAACACAAUACAUUACGGUACAAUACGAUACAAUAUACUACAGUAGAUACAAUAUGAGCUUUAAGUCAUAGGUGCCUCCAAGAGGAGUCUUGAAAAAGUAAUGGGGUGAGUAAAAGUAUCUAUCUAUCUAUCUAUCUAUCUAUCUAUCUAUCUAUCUAUCUAUCUAUCUAUCUAUCUAUCUAUCUAUCUAUCUAUCUAUCUAUCUAUCUAUCUAUCUAUCUAUCUAUCUAUCUAUCUAUCUAUCUAUCUGCAAAAUUUCUUUUUUUUUAAGGCACACAUAUUUUUAAAGGAUAUUUUUUUCUGUUUCCAGGCAAAUGCAGCAGGAAAAAAAAGAAAAAAGGAGGCUUUGAAAAUCUGAUGAGGUAAUGCCUUAUCCUCAAUCAACCUCAGCAAGCAGCAGCAGCAGCUUCAUUUGCUUUAUUUUUCUACGGAGGCUUCAGUCGUGGUAAGAUUGUCUCCUUGGUUUUCAAUCAACACUUUGACAUGAUUGUAACAAUUGACCUCUCAGACAUAUCACAUAUUAUGGAUAUCAGCACCAGCCAUGUCGACAGAGUCUGGGUUUAGCCAGGUUCAGUAGGAGUUGAUUUAUUUCUAGGCUAAUAGAGCAUAAGUAGAUACUCCAUCACCUCAUGUCACUGGCACAGUUGUAUAAGCAUUUGGUUAGCAAUGUGCCUCAGCUGCUUCAGAGCCUCGAGUAACCUAAUCGUUCUUGCUUCUGAGGAAAUGACCAAGGCGAGAAGGGGGGAGUGACAAAAAGGCCACAGAAGUGUCUCUAAAAAGUCUUGUGUGAUGCUUUGUAAAUGGAUAUAAAUGGACAGAAGGAUGCAGGGGGGAGGAGAAGGAGAAGAGUAGGACAUGGGAGAGAUAAGAGAGAGCAAGUGAGAGAGAGAGAGAGAGAGAGAAAGAGAGAGAGAGUGAAAGCGGGAGCGGAAGAAAAAAGCGGAGAGGAGGACGAGAGGAAUUUGGAGAGGUUGAGGAGAAUGUUAAUCUGAGAAAGGCAGCGUGGAGAGAAAAGCUCUUUUCCUCUCUAAGCCCUACGCCCUCACUUCCUGUCCCUGCUGUCAAUCAGAGCUGCUGAAGUGCAUCAGACAAAAGACCCCCCUCCUCAACACACACACAACUUCCACCAUAAACACCAGCACCAACCAACCAAUUAAGUGCUCUGGUACGAGGAGACAGAAGGAGAGAGAGAGGGAGAAUGUGUGUGUGUGUGUGUGUGUGUGUGUGUGUGUUGCAAGUUGAAGGAAGGUUUUGAACUGCUUCUGUAUGAUUCUCAUGUUCAUCAGAGACCCCUAAUUAGCAAUCUGUCCUCCUCCGUAUCACGUAUUCAUGCAGGCACCUUGCCCGGCCUCCAUCCUCACAGUGACCAGCUUAUUUCUGCAGUCUAAGUGUGG